GUUUACUGGCACAUGCCCACUAAAUUUGGUGCCAGCUGUGUUAUAGCAUUUGGCAUGGAGAAAUGAAUUCAUAGCAGUUGAGGGAAACAGACUUGCAGGUGUCACUCAUACUUUUGACUACUAUUACUGCAAUUGGUUAUUGUCUUAUUGCCAUUUAGGUGGCUAAGUCAUGCAAUGUAUGGCGGAGACUCUUUUUGUAAUGGUGAUGUAUUUAACAAACUUUAGAGCCCGGGCAGCCAAUUUGUGGUGUUAUAAAUGCAUUGAAAAAGCAAAUUUUCAAAAUGUUAUAAAUUGUGUACAAGCACAGACAUAACACAUCCAUUAGACAUCUUCCUUUAUACCAUUCAUUCAGUAUUUAAUUUUAAUGAUAUAGGGUUAUGGAGGAAAAUGAGCAGUAAACAGGCAGCAUAAAGCUUACUUAGAUAUCUACAUCAAAAUGUUGGAAUAUAUUUGCAAUCUAUGCAAUCCUUAUUCCAGGCUCCUUUAGUACUGAUGACGGACAACUCCCGUCCUGAAAAGGAUGCUCUGAAAAAGACAUGGCCCACAGCAGAACAGCACCUAUGCCAGUUUCAUGUGCUGCAAGCAGAAUGGCGCUGGCUAACUGCAACUGCUAACAAAGUCCCCAAGGAAGACCGACGUCAGCUGAUGGCUGCCUUCCAAAAGAUACUGUAUGCAAAGGACCUGAGCCAGCUUCAGGCAGCAAAGGAGCACCUGCGCACUGUUGGGCAUGAAGGCUACAUCCGCCGAGUAGAGGCAUUUCUUUGCUGUGAAAAGGAGUGGGUACAGAUGUACCGAACAAAUCUAGAGACAAGGGGGCACAACACAAAUAAUUAUUCGGAAGCAUCAAUAAGAAUCCUAAAAGAUGUUGUCCUUUGCCGGACAAAAGCAUUCAAUGCUGUUGCCUUGGUCGAAAUAGUAGUCUCAACUUGGGAAAAGUAUUUUGAGACCAGGCUUCUGCGGCAUGCGCACCAUCGAGAAGCGUCACAUCGCCUGACAUUUGAGCACCUGCUGCAAGACCUGCCAAAGCUGCCCGCAGGGAGCAUCAGAAAAUCUGGUGAAACGUACUAUGUGCCCAGCUCCUCAAGCACGGCGACACACGAAGUACAAGCUGAUGUGGGUAUAUGCAGCUGUUGGGUAGGCAGCCAAGGUGCCUUCUGUAAGCACCAGGCUGCAGUGCAGAGGGAAUUCGGAGGGUGCUUACCUAACAGCCCUAUGCUCACACCAGCAGAUUGCAAGCAGCUCGGGCAACUUGCACUAGGUGAGCGAUGCCCCCCACUCGAAUUCUGUUUGCCAAUGAGGCCAGCACAGCAAGGUGUCAAUAUAGCGGAAAGCGACUCGGGUGUACCAUCACAACAAGAGCCAGGCACAAGCACCGCUUCCAGCUUCAGUCCACAGGUGGGGCCAAGCACCGCUCCCGACUUCAGUCCACAGCCAGGGCCAAGCACUGUUUCCGACUACUGUCCAGAGCCAGGGCCAAGCACUGCUCCUGACUACUGUCCAGAGCCAGGGCCAAGCACUGCUCCUGACUUCAGUGCACAACCAGAGGUAUUCCGACUCUCUCUCAUGUCAUUUCGAGGUGUGAAUGACUGUGUGCAAUGCUUCAUAUCCCAGAUUCAGUAG